AUGUCUCGUAUUCCCCAACCUUCCUCUUCCCGCCCUGCUAUCAAGACACCAGCACUAUUUCCUCCUAGCACUCCACGCUCGCGGGCACCGUCACCCUCGAAGCCUACCAGGACGGCACCUGGCUCUCCAGUCUCAGUACGCGUUCGGACGAAAUCUGUACCUAAGUCACCUACAAAAUCUGGUUUAAGGAGACCGCCACCAGAGGAUGAACCACCCAUCCCCAAAACGAACAUCAGCAUCAAGGAGGCCAUUGCUCUCAAACGAGCCGAGGCCAAGAAGGCUGCCAUGUCCAAGCCCAAUUCUGGAGGCGACGUGGGUGGCUUUGGCAGCUUCGAAAACAUGGAGGACGCGCUUCCCACUGUAAACAAGGUUGAAGAUCAAAACGAGCUGGAUUUAGGUAGGUGGUCUGUGAAAGAGACCAUCGAACGUGCUCGCAGCACAGGCUCCAUCAAUUUGUCUUCGCGUGCUUUACAGUGUAUCCCAUCUGCAUUGUUCGAUAUCCAUCUUGGAAUUACUCCAGAUACUCUGGAAUCCGUUCCUAAAGAACCACCUAUCACGACUUCCACAGACCCCUUAGACGCGCCUGUAGGAAGUGGUCGACGUGGUGGUGCACCAACCUGGUUUGAAGCUCAAGAUCUGCAAGUGCUCAAAGCAUGGAGCAAUGAAAUCAUCGAAAUACAGCAUGAAAUAUCUCUGUUCGGUUCCCUGAAAAUAGUCGAUUUACAUCAAAACAAGAUCGCCAAGCUCCCCCAUACCUUUGGAGACCUCACUCAUCUCACUACAUUAGACCUUUCCCAUAAUGCUUUGUCAUCGCUCCCAACGAACAUGUUUGCUUUACCAAAUUUGGCGAUUCUGAACCUUUCACAUAAUUCUCUCGUCGAACUUCCAUUCAAUGCCCCGUUUUCUGGCUCAUCAAGCCUCAACUUCAAGUCCAAUUAUCAGAGCAAUAGCGAUUUCUUUGCGCCCGCUGUCGUUCGAGCAAUUUCUCCUCUGCCGCGUCUCACCAAUCUUGACGCCUCUUAUAACAAACUGACUGUAAACCGCAUCGAUCAUGCACCAGAAAAUCUUCCACCUCUCCUGUCUAAAAUCGAUCUAUCUGCCAAUCCGCUCUCUUCUGGGAAUACGGGCUGUUCUUCUUUGAUCAGAGCGCUCGCGCAGUUGAAGAAAUUGAAACACGUACGCUUUGCAACGGCUGAUAUAGGAGAUGAUGCCUUCCCGUCUGACGUUUCCGCCGACGGAACCGCUUUUCCUAGUUUACGCGUUCUUGACAUGGGCGAAACUAGAAUAACUGAAGAAGGAAUUAAAGGGUCAUUAUCAGGAUUGAAGCAAGACCUUACGUAUGAUCUAACAGCUGAUGAACCUCCAGAAGGAACACUGAGAGUCAUCGUGGGCAAGAAAAUCAUAAGAGAAGCAUGGGAGUUAGAAGUCGAGCUAAGGGUCAGGGGCAGAGGCAGAGGUUCACGCGACAUAGAAAACACGGAGAGCGCACACAAAACGAAGCAGGAUAGCAAAGAAGAGGUAGUCAAAGAAGCUUGGGAAAUUGAAGCUGAACAAGGUCUCUUGACAGAGGGUGGACGUAGGCGUGCUAGGGCUGCUCUUACGGCUUCUAUCAAUCCGAAAGAACCGAAGUCUAUCCCAUCUUUAGGAAAUGGUUCUCCUUCCACUACGGCUUCGAAAUCAAGUCAAAUCUCACCUGUUCAGGCCUUGACCAAUGCUCAAUAUUAUCAUGCUACAACUCAAACGCUUACCCUUCCUGCUUCCACAGCCCCAACAAAAUCACAUGCUCGCUCAUUUUCUCUUGCAGCAUCUUCCGGUCCUUUUGCACACAAGCAAGGAAUGUCAGACAUUGCGCUCCCAACACCAACGCUUCCCCUCGCCGCGAUAUACUCUCAACCAUUUUCUCAGACGUUACGGGUGCUCACGCUCACAAACCGUAGGCACGACCCGUCCUUCAGUUUGCCAUCUCUGAAGGACGCACCUGAUAUGGGUUUACUACCUCACUUGGAGGAACUUGUACUUGAUGGUUGCAACCUUGGAGACAAUGUCCCUGUCACUCGUGUGCAGGAGGCGAGUUCAGAAAAUUCGACUACACCAAGAUCGAGCGAGGCUUUAUUGCCGCUCUUAACAAAAUUAUUCCCAAGCCUCAGGACCUUAGACCUUUCUUACAACUCGUUGACAUCUGAGGCUCUCAAAACAGACGUCUUGACUUCUCUUAUCAUGGCCUCUAGUACGACUACGGCGGAGACAGUCGGUCCGCGGCAAGGCUUGAGACACCUUCGACUACGAGGAAAUCGUAUUACAGAGCUAGAAGGGUUCCAAGGUGUUGCAGAACUCUUCAAGGGUCACCGAGACAUACCAGAUUGGAAAUUAGAGGAGCUCGACUUCAGAGAUAACGAGAUAUCCAAGCUUCCCUCAGAGCUGGGCUUGCUACCGUUAGACGUAUUUUUAGUAGAUGGGAAUGUGUAA